AACCUGGGAGAAAAAUGCUCCCUGUCCGCCGCUGCCCUGGUGGCCACCUCCUCUUUCUGCUCCUGUUCCUGCUGCCCUCAACGCCCCCUGCCCGAGCACCAGCACCCUCGGGCCCCGCCGCUGCCGCCCUGCUCCAGGCUCUCGGGAUGCACGAAGUGCCCCGGGGCGUCCCUACGCCCCGGCCUGUGCCUCCUGUCAUGUGGCGCCUGUUUCGCCGCCGCGACCCCAGGGAGGCCAGAGCUGGGUACCCUCUGCGACCGUGCCACGUGGAGGAACUGGGGGUCGCCGGAAACAUCGUGCGCCACAUCCCGGACAGCGGUCUAUUCUCCAGACCCCCAGGACCCACCAAAACCUUGGGGCUGUGCCCCAAGUGGACUGUCACCUUCAACUUGUCGGGCGUGGAGCCUGCCGAGCACCCAACACGUGCGCGUCUGGAGUUGCGGCUGGAGGCUGAGAACGAAGAUACGCACGGGUGGGAGCUAAGCGUGGCACUGUUAGCCAAGCAUCCCGGGCCUGAGCUGCUGCGCAUUCCUGUGGCACCCGGGCUGCUAGUACGCGCAGACCUACUGGGGGCCGCGGUAGCCGCCAAUGCAUCGAUGCCCCGCACCCUGCGCCUGGCACUGGCGCUGCACCGUGGAGCCACCACCGUCUGCGCGCGGCUGACCGAGGCCUCGCUGCUGCUGGUGACGUUAGACGCGCGCCUGUGCCCCCCGCCGCGGUUGCGGCGCCACUCCGAGCCCGGGGUGGGAGGUGGUCCAGGGGGCGCGUGUCGCACACGACGGUUGCACGUGAGCUUCCGGGAGGUGGGCUGGCACCGCUGGGUGAUUGCACCGCGUGGCUUCCUGGCCAACUUCUGCCAGGGCGUGUGUACGCUGCCUGAAGCGCUACAGGCACCCGGUGGGCCGCCCGUGCUCAACCACGCCGUGCUGCACGCGCUCAUGCACGCGGCCGCCCCAACUCAGGGUGCAGGCCCGCCCUGCUGCGUGCCCGCACGCCUGUCACCCAUCUCCGUGCUCUUCUUCGACAACAGCGAUAAUGUGGUGCUGCGACACUACGAGGACAUGGUGGUGGACGAGUGUGGCUGCCGCUAACUACCCGGGACACCCUUGCAGGGACGGCCCCACGCGAAAGCAAGGACCAUUUGUUCAUGUUUUAUUGGUGACAAAAAGCUUAAAACAAAUUUGACCAAAAAUUAA